AUGUGGAAUAGUGCGUCUAGGAAACAGUACGAGAAAUUUCGACGUCUUGUCAGACUAUCGAAGUGUACGGAUAACUCAAGUGAACUUGCACGAGGAUAUCACCCGAGCUACGGGGCAAUUUUGAUGAAAUAUGGCUUUACCUCUGCAGCAGCAAUUACCGCUUUACCGCUCACAACCUUUGUUGUUCGUGUCCAGCAUGGAAUUCCCGAGAAGGAUGCCAUGGCGAUCUACGACCAUGCGACUAGUACCUACGAGACCAGAGUCAUCACAUCGUAUGAAGCCGUUCAUGGAACUGGUCUGGCUGCGAUUGAGGGAUCUAUCUCGACUAGGGAGAGAGUUCAAAUGGUGAAAGAGACAGGAGAGACAUUGGCCGACUUCGGCAUAGAGCGUUUAUUUGAGGAUAUGGAUCGCGAUGUAUGCGACGACUGCGGCUCAUUCACAUCUCCGGCGGCAUAUUUUGUCGAGAUUUUGCAAUUUCUUCGAAGUAAUAAUCUCGAUAAUGAGCUCAAAUACUCCGGGCAGGAGAAUAUUUACGGCACCGCCCUUCAAUGCCUUCUUGCCCGCCGCCCUGAUCUCAAGAAACUCGAAUUGACCUGCACAAACACCAAAACAGUCAUCCCUUAUCUAGAUCUCGUCAAUGAGAUCAUGGAAUCGUUCGUGGUAUACCUAUGGGAUCACUCGCACCCCAAGUUCAACUUGACCUCGAAGGAAGGCACGGUCCCCCCUUAUCGUAAUCCGAGCAAAGUUUGUGGAGAAAUUUCAGUGCCACUUCAGGAGAUUAAUGAUCACGCGUAUUCCAUUCUUUCUGAGGCCAUGUGCCCUUUCAAUAAACUCCCCUAUCACCAGCCGCUGGAUGAGACCCGAACUUUUCUCAAACAUGUUGGUACCUCGCGCUAUGAGCUCCUUGACAUCUUCCGGAGAGCUUUUCAUGCCGGGACAAUUGUGGAGAAGGACAAGGAGAUUGCAAGCACAAAGGAGUUACAUACCGCUGCACAAGGCCGAGCAGUCACCGCUGAAUAUCUGAGCCUUACCGAAUCAGAAUACAUUUGCUUGACGGGCGAGGAUUACCUAUCCAACAAGUACAAUCCUAUCGAGGAUGACGGAUCUGAUUCAAAUGAGGAGUCGGGGGCGCCCGUCCGGCUACAGGCGUGGUGGCAACUCUGGGGUUACAAGAAAAAAAGCAAAGCUUUCCAGGUAGAAACAGGGCCUGAGGUUAUAAACACCGAGUUUCUUAGAAGGGCCGGACUAAAGUCUUCGGAUAUGGUCGAUCUUUUGAAGACCGAAUUUGUAAACCCGCAUGUACCAUCGAGCGGGAUUCCUAUUCUAGAGAGUAACCGGUUCGGAUUUUUGUCCCUCGGCGACCUCCUCAAAUACAAGGGAGCUAAUAUCGAAGACCCUAUCGUACGAUAUAAAUCUCUUAUCAACUUUAUGGUCACUCAACAGAUUAUAUCUACUUCGAUUAGCAGACCUGGCGAGUUUAGUCGGACGCAAAUCGAGGACUGGGUCAAAGCCAACCAUACUGCAUUCGACAAGAUUAUUGUACUCGACAAUCCACAUAUGUCAGAUGGGUGGCAUGUAGGCCACGCCCGUCUCACUCACCUCAACGGGGAUCGAUUGAAUCCAACGGAGCUUAUGCGAAUUCAACAAUUUGUGCGGCUGCGAACAAAGCUUGGGUGGAAAAUUGAGGAGCUAGAUAUGGCAAUUUCUGUGCUAUCGCGGCAGGAACGUGGGAAUCAAAACCUGCAGUCUGAUGGCUCCAUAAAUAGUCCGAUGAUUACCACAAACCUGUUAGAUCAAUUGGUCUGUGUUUCAAAACUCAUUGUUAUGACGGGGCUGGAUCUCCCGAAGCUUCUACUCUUCUGGGGUUGCAUAAUAACAAGGGGAGAGACCAGCCUGUACACUCAAUUGUUCCUCACACAUAAUUUUAUCUUUACCGACCCAGUGUUCAAACCCGAUGAGCAAGGAAAUUAUUUUACAAAGCCAGAAAAGUUCUCGGCGCAUGCAGCCACCAUCAUGUCGUCAAUGGGUUUUUCGAAGGACGAUUUUGAUUCCUUGAUUUCCCAAACGCUCCCCACCGGAGCCACAUUCGCUCAGGAGGAUAUCGUCUCGAUUAACAGUUUUUGUUAUCUCUACCGCUGGAAGCUGAUGGCCCAGAUCCUACACGUUAACCAAGAUACUUUAUGGCAAGCGCAGACAUCUUCUCUCUUUGGGAACAAAUUCUUCCUUAACAGCCCUUCCGAGACUUUACACUUCUUAGUACAAUGGAAACGAAUGGCCAGUGUGGGAAUCUCUUUCGAGCAUCUCAUCUAUGUGAUCAAAGAUAUCCAAGACCCAAUCGAUCCAGUUGGACUGUCAAAGCCGAAGAUACUAGGGGCAAUAAAGUUACUUCUCGAAGGAAUUGAUGUCAUUCAAACCAUGCAUCCGAACAUAAAAGAAGAAGAACAUGAUUCGUUUACCAAGGAAUAUAUCACAGCAAAACUCUCCCUGCUCUACGACAGCCCCCAAGUCGAAGAAAUCCAUCAAUUCCUUUGUGGAAAAACAGCCGAAUGGGUCGAGAGAAGAUUGCCUAGUUGGUUGGGGCUCACACUGAGCUUUAUCAAUGAAGAGGAAAAAAAUACUUUCUAUGCCAAAGAAUCAAUGUUAAAGACGAAACACUUCUACUUCUUGAGAUCAUUCGUCCCGUAUUUAAGGCAAAAACUCAUUGAGCGUUUAGUGAUCUCUACUAUCUCAAUACAGCUUGAUUUACCGCCUGAAAUGGUGAGAAUGCUGCUGACCGACGUUUUACGCGUUGAGCCUGGCGCCGGAGAUGGAGAAGGUGCUGAGAAGGUUUCCGCUCUCACGGCCAUCAGCAGUAUCCGGUUAUUUGGCGAGACGCAAGAACAAACUGGUUUCGAAGGACAUCUGGUUCCAAGGUCUGAUGAGUUGUACACGUUUGAUAACUCUGCUCAAAAGGAUUGCGCUGUCCAGGUCGACGAAAUUAGGAUAUCCUUUACCAAUCCAGAACUACCUUUAGCUGACCGGAUAUAUCUUGAAGGCGGACGCUCAUAUCCACUUAGGGUGACUAAUGAUGCUGAUUAUAAACUCCACUGGAAGACGGAUCCCUCGCCGCUUCAUCCACUACCGAGUGUCGUUCUGCUCCCUCGAUAUGCCGACGAGCGGUUGACUCCGAUUUUCGUUCAGUUAUCUAAGAUUGCUUUGAUUGUCAAGAAGUGCAGGCUUUCCACGGACGAGGUCAAAUUCAUGGCACAUUAUCCUCACGAUACCCCUAUCCUCCGGCACGGCUGUUUGACGUCCGAGAGCUGGAGGCAGCUUUCGAAUUACCUUGAACUUCGUAAUGGGCUACCUAAUGCACCUAGCCAAGAGUUGAUCCACCUUUUUAGAUGGGCAUCGAACCCCGAUGAUGAGGAAGCGCAGCCGGGAGAUAGAACACUUACGGAGAGAUUAUCAGGCCUGAUGCGGGUUAAACAAAGCACGGUCACAAAGCUCCUUGACCAUUUUUCAUUGAAUAACCGGAGAUCGUUCAAAAGCUGGUCGAGUUUUAUAAAGUUGAAGAAAGCCUGUGAUCUUUCGCAGAAGGUUAAAAUCGAUGUGGAUAGCCUGUUUUCAUGGGCCGAGCCAUUAGGAGAUUUCGAACAAGUUCGUAAGCUCGCUCAUAAUGUUCAAUGGGUCAUCAAGGCGCGCUACACGGCGAAGGAUUGGGAGGAAGUAGUCAAGCCCUUACGACACCAGCUCCGUUCUAAUCAGCGGGAUGCAUUGAUCGAAUAUCUCCUCAACCAACCGGAGAUUAUCAAAUGGCGGAUCUUCGAUGUCAACUCUCUCUUCGCAUUUUUUCUGAUAGAUCCCCAAAUGGGACCAUGUCUGGAUACUUCAAGGAUUAAGCAAGCGAUUUCCACAGCGCAAUUAUUCGUUCAGCGGUGCUUGUAUGGACAGGAGGAGGGAUUUGGCGUCCCGGUUCGAACGUUGGACAGAAAGAGAUGGGAGUGGAUGAAAUCUUAUCAUACGUGGGAGACAAAUCGGAAGCUAUUCGUGUAUCCAGAGAACUGGAUUGAACCUUCACUUCGGGAUGAUAAAUCAUCCAUAUUUCAGGAAUUCGAAACUGACAUCAUUCAAAGUGAUAUGGACCCACGAAGUAUUCAAGACGCAGUGAAACGAUAUCUUUCGAGACUUGAUGAGGUGGCAAACCUUCACGUUGUGUCUGUUUGCUCUGAUACAGAAACAAAUAUCGUACAUAUCUUUGCUAGAACGCGCGGGGCACCUUAUUUCUAUUAUUAUCGGUCCUAUAACGCAAUGGAGGGGAUCUGGAAGCCGUGGGAAAAGAUGCAACUUGACAUCCCUCAUUACGAGGACAACGACAUGAACUCCGCAAAUCAUGGAGGAACAUUUCUUAAGCCGGUCAUCUGGAUGGGACGCCUGAUCGUAUUUAUUCCUCGCUUUGUCAAACAGAUUGGGGGAGGGACUCUUCCCGGCUUGGGUAGGUAUAUGGGUGAUCAACCUAUGGAGAAUGCUUCGCAAGAACCUACGAAUUACGAGUACUGGGAGCUGAGGGUUGGAUGGACUGAGUACCAAAACGGCAGGUGGACAGCCAAGCAAACAACCUCUAAAGCCUUUCGCACGCAAUCUGGCCCCGGGGGUGUAGGAACACUGAGGGAAUGUGUAUUCAUCACCACAUUCUGCAACGAUGAUCUUUAUCUCACUGCUCAGAUUGAAAAGCGCCGUACUGCCUGGUUCCGCUUGAGCAAAGGACAAUUCGAUUCCGUUGAGGCAACAGACCUCCUCUCGCAAGAAUUUGCCACAGCUUCGCCUCUUCUUACCUCUUCCAAGCCCGGCAUCCAUCGUGAGUUCGGUACGAUAGUGGACAAGGACAUUGUCUGCGUUUCCACUGAAGAUCCGUCAAUCAGCAAUGUGCACUUAUGUCCUAACAAUAUGCAUCAAUGCCCCAAGAGUGCCCAACCUUGCAUUCAUCUCGUUGAUAGGCCCCCUACCACCAUCCAAUACGACCGCCGUAAUCCCACAUCUGCCGUCUUUUCAGCUGCACCAGAUUACCAAACACCAUUUUACCAUGAGUUUUCUGGUCAGAUCCUCCGUUAUACAAAUACUUCCAAUACGCUCGACGAUCUUUACGGUGGCUUUACUUCGGAGGUUGCUAGGUUCAAGAACAGUGCACUCGGGCACUCUGGAACGCCUCCCGGUCUUGACAUCUGCAUGACCUACCCUAAUUACCACGAGCUUAAAUCCCCUUAUGCCCUAUAUAACUGGGAGCUUGGCUUACACAUACCAAUGCUCCUAAUGGACAAGUUGAGGAGCUGUCACCAAUACGAGCAGGCGCUUAAGAUUGCCCACUAUGUCUUUGAUCCUAUGAGCCACCAUUUGGAAGAAUAUGGCAAUGACUAUUGCACAAAGGAUGAUGGGGGGCACACCGAGAUCGAUUACCCGAAAAGAAGCUGCGUCUGGAAGUGGACCCCUUUCAAAGAGAUAUCCGCACAGAAUGUCCUCGGAAGACUCUUAAAUAGUCUUACGGCUAACUCACCUGGCAAAGCUGGUGGGCAGGGGCAAAUUAAUGGCUUGAGAGAUGCUCCGCUCCAUCCUCAUGUGAUCGCACGAUCCAGGCCAGUGGCGUAUAUGAAGUGGUUUGUAAUGAGCUAUAUCAAUAUUCUUCUCGACUGUGGUGAUCAAUACUUCCGCCAAAAUACGUCCGAGUCUAUAUCGCAGGCUUUCCAGUACUAUACUUUGGCAGCACAUCUAUCUGGACCUCAACCAAAGAAGCCCCAAAAGAGAGGCAAGACUCCGGGCACAUAUAACUCCCUUGUCAGAAAAUCAAGUAUAGAAAGAGAUGCGGACGUCGUGAACUGCCAAACCACAUUUCCGUUCGCCCACCACACCUCCACCAUUCAAACUAUCGACAGCAUUACCGCCCCCACUUUGCCUGACGCCGACGUUUCUUUAUACUUUUCCGUACCAGAGAAUGACAAGCUCAGAAGCCUUCGUUCCAAAAUCGAUGACCGACUAUAUAAGAUUCGGCAUUGCCAGAAUAUCAGAGGCCUUUCCAUGUGCAGGUUUGAUCUUCUCGAACCACAGGUCGAUACUUUGGCUUUGUUACAAGCAACCACUCAAGGGCUCAGUAUUCAAAGCAUCUUACAAGGUCUGAAUACUCCAAUGCCCAAUUACCGAUUCAGAUACAUUCUUGAAAAGGCUUUUGAGAUGGUUCAAGAGCUCAAAUCACUGGGAAACGCGUUCCUCGAGGCAAUGACGAGAAAGGACUCCGAGACAUACAACCUCAUCAGGGCCGGGCAUGCCACCAGCAUAAAUGCUAUGAUACUUGAUAUGAAGAAAUUGAAUCUCGAAGAGGCGAAUAAGGCCUUGGUUUCACUCCAAGAGGCUCGGAAAGGUCCAGUGUCCCAGCUUGAACAUCUUUGUCGUCUUCUGGGAGAGAACGAGAAACGCUGUCCGAAGGAGGAGGAGCAAUUCCUGGAGUUUACUGCGCCUAUCGUGGGGAUUAAUCAACAGAGUGCUUACAAACUGACCCCCUUCGAGGCAGCAGAGAUGGGAAAGGCAGAAGAGGCGACUGAGUACAUCGAAAAGCGCAAUAUCACCGAAACAGCCUCUGCGCUACUACUUGGACACCCGGUCAUAUCGACUUCAGCUAUGCAAAUACCACAGGGAAUGGGCCAACAAGUUAGACUUGAUUCUCUCAACUUAGGCGAGGCCGCAUCUGCAUAUGCACGCGCGAUGGCAGCACAAAUGGAACUAGUUCAAUCGCAAUCCAUGGGCGCUGCUAGAAAAUCCUCUUUACUGCGUCAAUAUCAAGAUCGGAUCCAACAAGCAAACUCAUUGGGCUAUGAAAUCAAGCAUAUCGACAGUCAGAUCGAAGAACAGAAGAUCCGCAUUAAAAUCACGAAUCGAGACAUUGAAAUGCAGCAAAAACAGCUUGAAUUUAUGGCACGCUCGGAACAAUUUCUCAGAACGAAGUAUACGAAUCAGGAUCUAUGCAUAUGGCGAGAGAAACAACUCCGUGAUCUGUACCAUCAAACCUAUGUCCUCACAUACGAUUUGGCCAAGAAGGCUGAAAGUUUAUUUCAGUUCGAGCGCGGCCCUGCAAACUCCUUUGACUUUGAACACGGCCGCGGUCCUUCGAUUACAAACUUCAUCCAAGGAACGUGGGAUACCAACAAAGACGGGCUAUUCUCAGGUGAACAACUCUACCUAGGCUUAAAGCGACUUGAGAUGGCCUACAACGAGAAUCGUGGCUAUGAUUAUGAAAUAACAAAGCAUAUCUCCUUGAAGCAACUUUACCCAAGAGCAUUCCUUGAAUUGAGAGAACUUGGGAACUGCGAGUUCGAUAUUCCUGAGGCCCUCUUCGAUAUUGACUUCCCUGGGCAUUACAAACGAAGGAUUAAGACCGUUUCUCUGACAUUUCAUCCUCAGCCAAAGCAACCACCAGGGGCAUCGAUGUUGAGUGUGAAUUGCACAAUGCGGCUCAUCAAGCAUAGUUAUCGUGCCAAGAUUCCUACAGAUAGAGAUUCCUACGCGAAGGGAAUUGCUGGUGGAGACAAGGAGAGCUUCUAUACCGACGACAUCCCCAUCGACCAUAUCGCUACUAGUAGCGGCUUAAACGACGGCGGAGUAGCUAAAUCUGCCUCCUCUCUUGAUGAUCGAUACUUGCCAUUUGAGGGUGCUGGAGCAAUUAGCAGAUGGAGACUUGAGCUCCCGCCGCACUUCCGCGCCUUUGACUACCGCAAAGUGCCAGACGCGAUUGUACAUGUUCGCUACACCUCUGUCUACGGAGGAAACACAUUAAAGAAAAUCGCUGGUGAAUACGUCGAUUGGUACCUAGGGGGAAUCAGGGCCACUAAAGGAGGAGCUUUCGCUCUCUUUGAUAUCAGAGCGGACUUUGCAGCUGAAUGGAAGACCUUCCUAGAUACAUCUUCUAUGUCUAUGGCAAACCUAGAAAAUAGCCUCCCGUUCUUUGCAAACAGAUAUUCGAACAAAGUCACUGUCAAGGAGAUUCACAUUUUCACAGCUUCAAACAUCACCGACGCUGCGAGGUGGAAAAUCAAUGUUACUGCAGGAGCCACCAACAAAGAUGUUACAUUCACAGGACCAACCGGUAGGGGCCUGAAGUGCUUCAGCUCAGGAGAGAUCGAUUGUACGUUCGGUAACUGGACCCUGAGCCUUACCAAACCUGAAAAGAGUGAUGGUAUUCGCGAUAUCUGGGUUGUAGUGCACUAUACUUUGGUGAAAAGAUAA